UUCCUCGCGUUCCCGCGAUGAGUUUCAUGGCAUGUUUACAACUUGAUCCCCGUGUUACUGUGUUUACUGAGCGGCGCGCGAGAGUUAUUUAAUGUGGUUUAAGCAUUUUAGAGUUGCAGUGUCCAAGGGUAAAUCGCCUGUGUUCAGCGAUAACCUGCCUCAGCGCUGUAAUUGAGGCCUCCUUCCGAAUCCCUUCGUCGACAGCGGAGGGAGACGCUGCGUUGUUCCGCGAAAUAGACAAAAGCAAGCGACGCGCGUGUGAUGGCGAGCGACCAAAACGCGUAGUCGUCACCAGUUGGGAUACGCUUCGUCCCUCAGCAAGUGAUGACCCUGGCGCCCAAGGCUAAAGUGGAAGUGCUGGUCAGAGCAGUCACGGCGGCGGACGACGAUGCCCUCAUCAACAAGAAGCUUCCGAAGGAGCUGCUGCUUCGCAUCUUCUCCUACCUGGACGUCGUCUCGCUGUGCGCCUGUGCUCAGGUGUCUAAGUUGUGGCACGAGCUUGCGCUGGAUGGAAGCAACUGGCAGAAGAUUGACCUCUUCAACUUUCAGACGGACAUCGAGGGUCCCGUGGUGGAGAACAUCUCGCGCCGAUGCGGCGGCUUCCUCAAGAAGCUCAGCCUUCGCGGCUGUCAGAGCGUCGAAGACGCGUCACUAAAGACGUUCGCCCAGAAUUGCAACAACAUCGAAGACCUGAAUCUGAACGGCUGCAAAAAGCUGACGGACAACACCUGCCAGAGCCUUGGGAAGCACUGCAGUAAGCUUACCUUCCUCGACCUGGGAUCGUGCUGCCAGGUGACGGACCUGUCACUCAAGGCGAUCGGCCAAGGCUGUCCUGCGCUUGAGCAGAUCAACAUUUCCUGGUGCGACCAGGUGUCCAAGUAUGGCGUGGAAGCUCUGGCUGCUGGUUGUCCAAGGCUGCGCGGCUUUGUCAGCAAGGGCUGCCCGCUGGUCAAUGACGAGGCAAUCUCUAAGCUGGCCCAGUAUUGCGGAGGCCUGCAGACCCUCAACCUUCACGAGUGCACCAACAUCACUGAUGCUGCUGUGCAGGCUGUCAGCCAGCACUGCCCCAAGCUGCACUUCCUGUGUGUCUCCAAUUGUGCGCAUCUGACCGACACCGCUCUCGUGUCUCUCAGCCAGGGCUGCCAUGCACUCUGCACACUUGAGGUAGCCGGCUGUACACAGCUGACAGACAGCGGCUUCCAGGCGCUGUCUCGCUCGUGCCACUCACUUGAGAAAAUGGACCUUGAAGAGUGUGUGCUCAUCACGGACAACACGUUGAUGCAUUUGGCCAAUGGCUGCCCAAAGUUGCAGCAGUUGAGCCUUUCGCACUGCGAGCUUGUAACGGAUGAAGGGAUCCGACAUCUUGGCGCAGGGGCUGGUGCGGCCGAACACCUACUUGUGCUGGAGUUGGACAACUGUCCAUUGAUAACAGAUGCUUCGUUGGAGCACUUGGUGGCGUGCCAGAAUCUGCAGCGUAUCGAGCUGUACGAUUGCCAACUGAUUACGCGCGCUGGCAUCCGCAAGCUUCGCAGUCACCUGCUGGACCUGAAGGUGCACGCCUACUUUGCACCUGUCACACCUCCGCCCUCAGUUGGAGGCGGCAGGCCCCGCUACUGUCGCUGCUGCGUUGUGCUCUAGUCAAGUGAGAAAGACAUGGGUGUGGGAGAAAUGGGUGCUUUUAGGAAUUGCCUUUUGCUGCUGCUGAUCGAGGUAGCGCAGAAAUUGUUAAUGUUGGACAUGCAGCCCCAAUCAUCUACGUUCGAAAUGUGUCGACAGUUUUGUGUUGUGGCAACAUCUACGAUUGCCCGUGUGGCUCAAGAUAGCUUUCUAGAAUGUGGUGAGAGAAACGGUGACCACAUGGCAGCAUGUUCUCACCAAGAGGGUCUUUCAAGUCUAGAAGUUCCGUAAAUGUUGCUACUGUAGUUUGUUGCGCACUGUUUGCACAUUCUUAACAGAUGCGAUUUGAGCUUUACGUUUCACAUCAUUUUUAACUUUAUUUGUUUCCCAUCUUGACACAACUCGAGGCACAAAUUAUCGAUGGCAACGGCAACCAUUUUGUUGAAUAUGUAGUCGUAAAGUUGACUGGCAACAUACCACCUGCCACCACUUGACUGUGGCUCCAUUACACCAGUGAUGAUGAUAGUCUUUGUCCAAAUGUACAGACUUGAUUCCCAUUCCACAGUUUGCUAACUGCUUCUUUGAAAGCACCGGCCAUUUGUUAACAUGUUCUUUGCUGCAAGUGGAUUGUAGGUACUGCAGUCUUUGUGAUAGUGACACUUGGUCAUGCAUACUCCGUGGUAGUAACGCUUUCACAGUGCAGAAAAUUGCUUAAUCAUCCUUAAACUUGCAUUUCUUGUUUCACCUAGAUCUUGAUCACUUGCCUAAUGUUCAGUACUGCAUACAUAACAGGUGUAAAAACAGGUAUAAUGACACAUCAAACAAGGUCAACCGUUUACGGUGACCUAAAGAGUGCAGAUGGCUUAGCAGUAUCAUAAAUGCCAUACUAGUGCACUGCUUGUAACUUCAUCUAUUUUAUCGUAUUAGAGGAUUAGAUAAGCACUGAAUUUUUUAUCAUGCUUGUGAUUUACUGUCAUGGUAGUUUUUGUGCUGCCUGUGUGAGCCACAGAUGUGAUACAGUGCAUAAUUUCCAGAGGUAAAGAAUAUAAUUAAAAAUCUGAAGCAGCAGGAGGUUAAUGUGGGCAAGUUAGUGUAACAUACUUGAAGAAAGAACAGCUCUACAAAAAUGCAGAUUAAAAGAAGAACAUGUAUGACGGACAGGUCCAUCGUACAGGUUCCUUCUUUUAGUCCGCCUCUUUGUAGUGCUGUUUUGUCUUCAAGAAUAAAAAAAAAACAAACAAGCUUAUACCUCACUGUUAGUCUGCAGAUGGGCGUUUCUUUUUUUUUUUUCUUUUCUCCAUCUCCUAUCCUGCAGGAAGUUGCUUCGAGGCCUUGACAGCCUGUGACGUAUGGCAUCUGAAUUGGGAUAGUGAGUACAUUUACCACUUGAGACAACAAAAAUGAAAGAUGGUUGCAGGGUUGAACCAUAUUAAUGGAGAAAAUGUAAUCAAUCUGUGUCCAGUUUAUUCCACCUGUGCAUUUUUGUUCUGCUGUGCAGUCAUAACUUUGAAUGGUUCAGGCAUGCUUUUGCCUGCAAAUACCUUCGCGAUGUGCAACUGUACAGUGUUGGCGGCAGGGCAGCAGUGUUUAGUGAUGCAGGCAAGGAUGCUUACAUUUCUGUUUUCACCAAAAUACUGCAUACACAAUCACAGUUUACUUAGCACUGAAUCUGAAAUGUUGUGUCCACUUUUCAGGCUCUUGAAACCUGUGCACCCAUAGGCAGCAUAAUUGCUUGUCUUCAUCUCACGUGAUAUGCAGAUUAAUUUGUGCAGCACAGAUUAUAUACAUACGAGUGGCACCCUCGUCCAUGUGUCUUCUUUAUAGGAAAAUGGUUAUGAGUUACUAACAAGCCUCCAUUGACCUCAUAAAAGGCAACAACAUGAUGAUGCACAUCGACUGCAGAUGUAGUGGUGCACGCGUGAUGCUUCACAGCGCAGGAAAAUGUGCGCACCACGUCUUAGAGAGCAGGCUACAAUAUGCCUUGAUUCAGCACCAUAUUUAAAGGCAAUGCAAUGAAUGCCAUCACUUGUGCUGCUGUGACACCAUGUCGGGCACCUUACUUCUAGAAAUCAUAACUGCAACCACUUGUUAGAAAAUAAAUUGUUUGGGAAUUACGUAAUCACUUAGAAUUGUGGUAUUCAGAAGAAGAAGGAAAAAUCUGCAAUAUGUUCGUCUCUACUUUUAAAUAUAAGCAAGUUUCAACUUUGAAAUGGGCAACACAUUGGAUAAGUCACUACAGUUGUGAGCUAUCAACAUCUCUCCUUUUCUUCUAAUAAAGGAUAAAGAUUUCGGCUUGAACUUCUGACCUAUCCUUUUCACAUGUUGAUAAGUAUAUUUACAUACAGUGAACAUUCAUGAACUAACCAGGCGUGAAAUAAUAGAAUGAGCAAAAAACACUGACCCACCUGUUAACAGAGCAAGACUACAGCUUUUCUUUAGCUUUAGUUGUUUGAACUUUCCAUUAAAAAAAAAUAGCUUCAUCAUAACUGCUUAGCAUGUUGGUCAAAGUGUGUUUUAGCAUGGUUUCAUUUGUUUUUUGCAUGGCCAUGUGAGGAUCAUUGUGCUCAAUGCAGCCUAGGUUAUUGGUGACCUGUAAGGUGCACCAUGACCCUAAAUUGGUAAUGCGUAGUCACAUUUGUUCUUUGCAAAUGUUGUUCAACUUGAUGUUCAAGUUUUCCCCAGUGUGAAACCGGUGAUUUCACCUUAAUUCAAUGUGCCAGGGGGCCCGUUAUAGCUCCACGAAUGUUGUGAGCACUUUGUGCCAGUAGAAGAAAGUCUUAUCACUUCUAGUGACUGAGAAUCGUACAUCAGACCACUUUUGCGCCCCCAAACAUAGGUAAGGUAUCAGUAGCAAAUUUGUGUACAGCACUUGUCAACUUUCCUUAAUUUGGCUUCUGUUACCAAAGUACUGAAAGGCACAUAUCUUAUUCAAACACUUAUUACUCAGUCUUAUUCGAAAGGAUUAACUUGACCUUUAAUUAAUUCGAAGCAAAAGGAAUUGUCUUGCUGGUUUAGGCUUAAAAAAUGUUAAAUGGUACUUUGUCUUCCUGCUAUUUAUGCUGCAAAUGCUUUUGCAGAUGAUUUCUAUAAAAAAGGCUUGUCAUGAUAAUUAAGUGGUUCAUGAUACUUUCAACAGAAAUCUUGAUGCUUUUUCGUUGGUGAAACAUCUAAGGCAUAUGCAUUUAUGUGUAAUGCUGGAGCGGAUCAGUAGUCAACACAAUUUUGCAAGAAGUUACUGAGGCGGAGCUUAUCUAAUCAAAAUAAAAAUUUGACAUCCUCUCAGAAACGGACAGAAAGCUACAAAGAAAACCAGCUUGUUACUUCGAGAGAUGACAUUGUGAUUUAAAAAAAAAAACUGUUUGUCUGGUCUAUAGUUAAUCUUCACUGGUUGAGCAGGUCGCAGACUAGGGUAAAUGUCUUUCAGCCAUGCCAUUUACAUUGAAGAAGUAAGUCUGGUUCCCUUUGAAGCUGUCUGCCUAUAGCAAUUGACAUGCUGUUUUCCUGUCAUCAGAAACAUUAGUUUCUGACUUGCACAUUAUUUGUACAGCAAAUAACAGCAAGGCACUAAGAAGCACUUCUAAUUUACAAUGCAACUAUUAGCUUCCCUGACCAAUUCAUGGCAAUUAGCCUUUUGGUUUUUGUAAAUGCCAUAUUCAUUUAUGCAGUCACUUUACUGUUUUCAUAGUUUGUAACAGAUAUUUCUUCAUGGGUAGAGCACUUGGGAGUUCAGUUUUAAUUUGACGAUGUCAAUGCAGUUCUUUCCACCCUUGCAUUUUGUACAGCAGAAUCUCUUCAAUAUGUUCCUGGUUUGUGAAAUUUUCCCCACAAUGGACAACAUUGAAAAUAUCCGUGAUAUGUUGUCUUAGAUAUUGUGCUAAUUCUCGUACUUCUUUGUCUUGUUUUUUCAUCUUUCAAAUUGUAUCAAUGAUGUUCUACUGUUUAGCACCCAAGUCUACUUGCUUUACUAGCAGCAUUCGGCAUGUGCAGCAGGUCCAUUUGUAUUUAGUUUUUAUCAUUUCAUAGCUGUGUCAUUGUAAUUUUCUUUCCCCGAAUACCAUGUCAGAUUUAGUAAUCGGGGGCCGUAAAACUAUUGGUCAUUUUCAGGAAAUGCUGUUCUCCAUGCACGUGGCUUGGUUAAACACAGCUGAUGGGAUGAAAGGAUUUGUACACAGGCAUGCUUCCUGUUGCCGUUAUUAUUUACAUCACACACACACCCUCUCGGACUGCGUAAUAGAGGUACCGCGACAUCCACACACGCUGGUCGCUGCACUGAACUAUCUUGCUUGAGAGAGAAAGCACAGUUGUAGGGCUGUGCAAAUAUUCGAAACUUUCGAAUAACGAAUCGAAUAGUGUCCUAUUCAAUUCGGUCUUCAAUAUUCAAUAGUCAUUAUUUGUAAAUGCGAUUAUUUUUUGAAUACUUUUUUUAAUAUUUCGAGACGUUGACUGUGCCCAAUUAAAUAUAAAAUUGGAGCGAAAGUACAGUAAAUUUUCACUCCCGCAGGCAUAGUACAGGCAUAAAACAUGAGAGCUUGCAUAGUGGAAUAGGCGAUUUCACUUAGGUAUUCAUACUUUGCAGGUUAUAUAAAUACAAAGAUCAUUUGCACUCUCUGAAUACGUAGCGUAUACGCAUGCGUAGAAACUGCUUUUUUGCUCCUAAUGCUUCAUUUGUGCUUUUAAUAAACAACACUUCACUACGUACUAUGUAAUGACAGAAACUUGCAAACUUUUUUUUUUUCACUUUCAGUUUCAGUUUACUUAUUCAAAGGAGGAGACAUACAUGCUUACACAAGUAUACAGGAGGAGGUCCCAGAGCAUGUGGCUGAAAGGGGACCUCCUAACUUUUAAGAAUACUGGAAUGUGAACAUAGCUUUAUAUUAAGUGUGAUAACGGCUGUUCAUUAUUAAAGACUAUUCCAUAUUCGAUUCACUUCUGGCACUAUUCGAUUUGUAUUCAAUUCGGUCUCGAACAUCACUGUUCACACACCCCUACAUAGCUGAAAAUUAUUAACCAAGUGUGCAGUGCUUCAUUUUUUUUUUUUUUUUUAACUGGUGCUGUCACAGUUGAAUUGGUGGUUCUUGUGAAGCGGUCGUCUGCCUUGCAAGCAUCAGCACCUGAUAAUCUUAUUUUGCUCUGUACUCGUUAGGGUUCAGCAUUUUCUAUUAAAAGUAAAGAAAGAAUGAAAGAAAAAGAAAGUAGAAAAAGAAUGUGCAUCAAGAUCAUUUAAAAAAAUUCCGUUUUUAUUGAGAAAGGUGAACCUUUGGAAAGUUACUUGAAAAAGGAGAAAUUACAUGCUGUUGAAGUUUAUGCACAGCAAAUAUGCAUUGUUGAAGCUAUAUCACGCAAAAAUAGGGCAGAUGUGGCAUAGAAACGGCAACUAUUACCGAAUAAAGCAAUUGUUAUAAGGUUAAAACUAUGUUAAAUCCUAACCAGGGGCUUGUCGAUAUUAAAUUCAACAUCAUUUUAUUGUGUUUUAUGUGAUUUCAUCAUUCCGUAUUCUAUAAUGAUGGUUGGUAGAAAAAAAAGUUUUAUUGGCAGGUUAGACUUGGAAAUAUCGAAAAGGUUCAAACAAUUGAAGCACAAUAAAGAGACAGGAGCAUGCUACGCAUACACAGUGCUCCCCUUUUGUUUCAUGCCUUUCAAUUUUACUUGAAUAUUCAAACAUGUCUCAUCAAUCUUACAACAUGGCCAAGCCUCAUCAACGGGAUGAGCUGAAGCAGCAGAAGCUGGGCAUGCAAAAAAAUAAAAGAUUAUAUAAGACAAGGACAACAAUAACAUCUCUUUUAACUUUCUCGUUCAGCUCGCCAUGAUUGUAGCACUGUUCUCCUGCGACUAGUUAAUAUUUCAACAACGAAAAUUCAACCUAACAACUGUUAGACAUUAUGUCUAAAGAAAGGUUCCAAAUUUGCAAAAGUGUAGCAAAAUCUGGUGUCGUGCAACAUGGUCAGUGGCGAUGUCAUUAUGGCAUGAAAUUUUAAAAAGGUGCUAUGUUCAUCUUUUGCAGUAGUACAUUUACAAAUGAAGAGAGACAGUUUUGAAAGGGUAAUCUACCGUGACAGAUUGAUUUAGUGUCUAUUAAUAGCGGUGUGCGAAUAUUCGAAGCUCUUGAAUAACAAAUCGAAUAGGGUCCCAUUUGAUUUGGUCUUCGAAUCGAAUAAUCACUAUUCGUAAAUUGGAAUAUUUUUAUAAUAUUUCAAAACGUCAACUUGUGUCAAUUUUGUGUCAGAGACACAAAAUUGGAGAAAAAGUAUGAUAAAUUUUCACCCCCACGGGCAUAGUGUAAACAUAAAACAUGAGAACUUGUGUAGUGGAGCUGGCUAUGCCACUUAGGUAGCCAUAUUUUGCCUGCUCUACGGCCGUCACUCGCACUCUCUGAAGAGUGCAUGCAAAGAAGCCACUUCUUUGCUCCUAUUGCUUCAUAUGUGCUUUUAAUAAAACAAAGCUUGAUAACAUACUACGUAAUGACAGAAGCUUACCAACCUUAAGAAUACUGUGAAAUGAGCAUCGUUUUAUAUGAAUUGUGAUAAUGGCUUUUCCUCGUUUGAAAGCUAUAAGAAAAAGUAUUCAAUAUCUUAUUUGAUUCGAUUUGCUUCUGACACUAUUAGAUUUGUAUUCGAUUCGGUCUCAAAGAUCACUAUUUGCGCACCUCUGUUUAUUAGCAUCCUUUUUAGAUUGUAGCUACUUGAAACUACAUGUACAGCUGGCGACAAACGUUUACGAACCAUGGGAUCUCUGAAAACGUCCAAUUCCCGAGCAGCCUGUAGCAGUAGCCAGCAAAACUAUAUACGACAAUGUUGUCAGCAUAUUCUAGUCGAGGCUCGAAAUUCAAAUACCAGACUGCAUUGAGAUUGUGAAGAUAUUCAAUUUUUUCUCAGACCUCGUGCCCCGCAGUCAGGUGUAGCUAAAUUUUUUCUUUUGUACGUGAACAGGAUACAUGUACCUACAUUUCUUUUUUAGUUUAACAUUCUUUUACGAACAGCAUGUGUAGCUGUUGCACGUACCUCAUUAAGGCAGGGUCUCACACCCUACUUCUGUGCAUAGUUCACGACUGCUAAAACUUCCCACUGACAGGAAAAGGACAACUGUGUUCACUAUGUGUUAUGCUGACUGGUGUAUUGUAGGUGUUGCUUCAUUUAGUAUGCAAACUUUUAUGUGAGCACUCAAUGGAAUAAAUGAGUAAGCUCCUUACAGAAAGAAGCUGACAAGGCUGCGAGUAAUUGAAGACCCGUAAAAAAUGUUAAUAAAGAGCACGCCAAAUAUUUGCAAUGUAAAAGUUGGUAAUGCUGAUCCCUACUCAUUUUUGCACUACAUUUAAAAUAUAUGUAUUUUGCUGCUGUAUGGAAGAAAAAUCACUCGUGUAAUAGUGUAAGUGGCGAGGUGCUGCCAAUGGUUUCAACAUAUUUUGUAUUACUUUGCAUACGUUGAUGUCGGGUCUUGUUAGCAAUAUGAGCGGGUAGUCAUACUUGGACGAGCAGAAGGUAGAUAGCUUUUAUACGUGGUGUAUUUAAUGCUAACUGUAUAUAGCACUGUGUCGAGAAUCUCACUGAUGAAACUGUCCAUGCUUCUCGCAAAGUAUUACACUGCACUUCAUAACCGUAUGAGGCUAGUUAGCUUUCAGUGCAUUUAUAUUUGACUGCUUUUGCUACGCACAUUGAUCUUGAGAGUAUUUCAACAUAGUUGUCGCAUUUGCACGUCUUGUGUGUGCUGCACUCAUUGCGGUAGUGCCACUAAGGUAAAGAGAGUUGCUUUAAUAUUCUGCGAACAGAGCUGAAUCUGUGCCACUGGUAACCUUCAGAGUUCUUAUAUCACACCGGUUUCAACGUGCCACUGGCAAAAGCUGGGUGUAACCAGAUGAGGUCGACUGACGUGCAAGCUGUGAGUGGCAACACGAAGCAUUAUUUCAGCUCGUCAGCUAUUGUCGGUUGAAAAUGAAAUUGCUUGAAAUGGCAGGUGCAGCCAGUAAACAGAUGCUAAUUUGAAAAGGUUGCUUAUUUUGUGUUCUGGGCUGUAUGUUGUUUAAACCUGUCAUCAUGUAGCUCUGCAAGCGUAGAGUUUCAUGGUUAGCUAGCUAUUUUUUCUUUCCCCCAGAAGAUGACAUGAUGUUUAGUACAGACUCCAAUGCUCUUUGCCAAUCAGUGUGCCUGUAUUUUAAAACAUGGGGGCCCUAUGGGGGAACUUUUGCAACUGGUGUGAUUGAAAAACUCUGAAUACCCUUGUCUUUUGGAGGGAUGGCUUCACUGGCAAAAAAAAAAAAAAAUCUUGCAGCUGUGAGAAGUGUUCUUUGACAACUCCAAGGAGCAAUUCGUAGACAUUUAUACACUGAGUAUGUUUAGGAGUUGUGAGCAGUUGUUUGCCUUUUCUUCUUUGCUUGCAGCUGACAUCUCUAUGUGUUCUUAGAGUGGAUUUACAUGGUCCAGAAACUUGUUCACUUGUGUCCACAAAGUCAGUAACAUAUUUUUUCACUUGUAAUACAGUUGUUUGAGAAAGAUCCAUGUUGAUUAUUUCUACUGGCCCUUUGAAAGAAAAUAUUUAUCAGUGUAGAAUGAGGAUAGUGUGCAUUUGUAUUGGUGAUACUAUGGCUCUGUACAUUUAAGACAACUUGUUUGUGGAACUGCACAUUAGAUAACCCAUACUGAGAAGACUAGAUUAAGGAACCAAAAACAUGUUGAUAUUUCACAAAAGUACUGGAUUUGUGUGAACGAUAACUAACAAUUUAAAUUCAUUGCCGUUUCUUUUCUUUUUCAUUUAUAACGGCAUUUUUUUACUUCAUACCUCACAUUUGUUAAAUUUUUUAUGUGCUAAACAGUAGUUUUGUCUACAAUAUUCACAUUAUGAAGUGACGUAACCAUACAUAUAAAUUUCACUCAGAGCUUAGAGAUUGCCACUUUGCUUGUUCUUGCAUACUCUGUUGCCCAGUAUGGUUUGUGGUAGUAGCAAGCUUGCAAUCGUGCUGACAUGCAUCCUUACCAGAAGUAUUGUAUUUCAGCACUUAUAACCUACACUAAACAUUUAAAAAAGUUCCAAGUACAAAGCAAGAGUGCAGCAUGUGUGUGAAUUUUACCUCUAGAUACAGCUUUACGGAAUUGAAGAGCACAUUGCCUUGAAGCUGCACUUGAAGUUAAAUUUGUAGGGGUGUGUGAGUAAAUAUUCAUAACUUUUGAAUAACAAAAUCAAAUAUUGUCAAAUUUAAUUUAGUCUUCAAAUCGAAUAGUCGCUAUUUGCAAAUGCGAAUCUUUUUCAAACACUUUUUGAAUAUUUUUAAUCAUCAGUUGUGGCCGAACAAACACAUAGCUGAAGCAAAAGUGCAACAAAUUUCAUCCCUGCAGCCAUAGUGCACAAAUAAAACACAAGAAGUUACUUAGUAAAGCACAUUGUACGUAAUUCAGGGAGACAGACUUUUCCAGCUAAACUGCUAUCAUUUGCACUCAUUGAAGAGUCCCAAGUAUGUGAACAAACUGCUUAUUUGCUCUGAAUGCUCAUUUAUACUUUUAGUAAACAAUGCUUUUGCCGUGUAAUCACAGAAGCUUGAUAAUGUAGUGAGUAUACUAGGACGUGAACAUCGCUUUAUAUUUAAUAGUGAAAAUGACUUUAUUAUUUGAAAACAAUGUUUUAAAAGUAUUCUACCUUCGAUUCGCUUCUGGCACUAUUCAAUCCAUAUUCGAUUUAAUAUAAAAAAAUGCUAUUUGCACAGCCAUACCAACUUAUUUAUAGGCGCCAGUCGUGUCACAGUGAAGCCAAUGGAAAGCAGCAGUGAAAGCAGUAAUGUAUGAUUGCACAGAUGCUGGGUUAAUUUUCUAAAGGUUUUAGCAUUGUUGCUCUAUCUGAGAUUUAUGUGUGCAUUUUUUUUUUCCCCUGAGGGUCGUAAUUGAGUUGAGGUUAUAUACAGGUUUAGGUUAUGCGGGGAAAAUUAUUUAUUUAUUCGUGUAAUGUUUCAGUAACUUCCAACACGAAGCAGCGGAAGAAAGUAAAGCAUAAGUUACAUGAUUUCUUACCUGGAACAGAACCAAAAGCAAAACACGAAUAUCUGGAAAUGUUUUGUUCUAAAACAUAUGUGCUUUAUACCAUGCAGUUCUUAUGUUAACACUAUUGGUAAUGUUAGAAAUCUAGUUAACAUUCUGACAUGCACUUUGAGAGAAACGGUGAUCGCUACCAAGAUGAAGCUUGUUGUGAAGUUGUUGAAUGAGUUUAUUGCUAUUUUUUUUCCAAUCCAAUUUCUGACCUACUAAGCAAGAUACCUUGCCUUGACAUGGGGUUAUUUAGUGAAGAAUAUAUUCACUAGGAACAAGAAUGAAGUUUUAUGCGAAUGUUGUCAAGGCUCACAUGAAACCAAGAGGAGGGCAGACUUGAUACAACUUUCACAUGCCACUGAAGAGCCUUAAUAAUUUCAUUUCUUGCAAGAGGGUUAUGUGGACAAUGACAAUGCCAAAUAUUGAAGUGUCUAUUGUAUGUCAAGUUACGGAAUGCAGAGUUUUUGUUACCAUUGUGUACAUCUGGGCUUGCUAGUUGCAAAUUCUGUUCAAAGUGCUUUGCAACGCAUAUUAAUUACACACAUAUGAUGGCUAUUGCCUUUCAUUAUUAAGGCAAACUGAUGUUACAUUUAAAUUACAAUUAUUACAAUGCAAAUAAGACAAGUUUACAGGGAGGUUGAGGCUUGAAGCAACAAUGGUUGAACAAGGACUGUCUCUGGAGCUAAUCUUGCAACAACAGAAUAAGGGGACUUGUUGAAAUGUUGGCUCUAGCAAGCUGCCUUGUUCAACCACUGUUAGUCGCUUCAAUGAUUAGAAUGGAACUUCUGUAUGCCUCGCUGAAUGUUACACAUGUUAACGUUUCAGAACACUUAUAUACAGCUAAAUGCCUCUGUAAUAGUGCACAGAAAAGGAAACUGUAAAAGAAAAUAUAAAUUUUGAGUUCCCACACAAAGUUUGUAAUGCUGUGUCACUAUUGAGUAUUUGCCAUCUUGCCCAUGCAUCGCUGUUUACAAUAAUUGGCAUAGAAGAUCUGUAGCUGCAGCUGUGCUCCAUCUCACAGUAACCUAGCGCCGAAGCGGAAGCUGUUUGGAAAACUCUUACACUCAACACUGCUCUCCAAACUAAGCAGACGAUGCUCUCACGCAGAUGAACAGACGGCACAGAGGUACAAGCACAAGUGCACUCCUAAUUGGUUGAUGCUAGCAGUAGCUUGCAUUCGACUGUGACAUUAUUUUGAAGGGAAGUGUGGUGUAAGCACUUUGUUGCUAAAUUGGAUUGUUUAUGGAAUGAAUAACACACACAAACAGUGUCACUGCAGCAACAGUGUUGUUGAUGUGCCAAGCUCAAGUGCUAAGCAAAAUUGAAUUGUACCAUUGCAUGCCUAAAAGCUGGCUUUGAAGCACAUUUGAAGUGUGACGCUACAUCAAAUAUAGCUUCAGUUUACUCUCGAGAUCUGUAGCACUAUUUUGCUGCAUGAUCUGCUCCGAAUUAAAACGUUGUCCAAGAUAUUCUUGCAUGUUUAAUGCAGAUAUUCAGAGCUACUGCAUGCCAAAUUAAGUUCUUUGUUAUAAUGUUAGGGCACUGAGUAAACAAUUUUUUUAACAAAUGAAGUGUGAGGAGGUUUUGCAGCAAUACUAUUUAGUUGAUGUGCUAAAAAUUACUCCGUGUUCUGGGGGGCCUAAAUAUAGAUUUGAUAGCGUGCAUAAAGAAAUAAAGGUGGUGACCAGGGUUUUUAAACUACUGUUCGAGUUCUAUGUUGCCACUGAGCAGUAUUUGGCCAGUAAUCUAGCAUCUGUGGUCAGCUAUUUCAUCCUUUGCUUGUCACCUAAUCUUUGAGGCUAUUGUACACUCUUAAGAGUGUACGAAAAUUUAACAUAAUUUUGCAUUGUACAAUUUUACGUGUUUGGUGUAUUCUUUCGUGUUUGGCAUAUUGUUGGCUGAUGCAGUUGAACGGAUUGGAUAAAUACACACACAGUAAGACAAUGCCUUGUUACUUUCACUGCAAAAGUUGUACUGAUUUUGUUGUCAUAGCAUUGAUUUUAAUUGUGCUGAUUAGUACUGAUGACAGUUAAGCUUUUGCUUAAUGAAUGUUGGAAUAUUGCAUUCGAAUAGGGCCAUCAGAAUAUUUUGCAUUUAUGUAUGCAGGCAGUUUUCGAUACAAGAAGUGUACUGUUUGUUUUUGCCUGUUUGAACCAUUUCAUGUAGUUUUGAAGUGGUGGAGGCAGAACCAAACUUUUGUGCAUAAGAGCCAAUUGUGGUUUAAUUAUUCUUUUAGUUUGACUAUGACAAACCACCCGACUGCAAAGAGAAGGCAUGCAAUACUCGCCUGUCAUUGCUGGAUAAAGUGAACAUGCCACUGCUUUUUCUUUGACUCGGUAUGUUGAAUAAAAUGCUUUUAAGAAAUGC